GAAGGGAAAAAAAAAAAAAAAAAAAAAAAAAAAAAGGUAGAGAGGUCAUUUGUUUUCCUCUUUCCUAAAUCGAAUCUGAUUGUACUCUCACCAUAUCCAACCAUAGAUCUUCCUCUACUCCCUCACCCAUUUUAUUCUUCCCAAACAAAUCUCUCUUUCUCUCUCUCUCUCUCUCUCUCUCUCUCUCUCUAUCAAUCUAUUUCUCUCAAUUCACUCUUAAGAAGAUCUUGAGGAGAGACGGAGACAGAUAGCUAUCUGCAAGUAUGUUAAAAUCUGCAGAAGAACUCCCAGAUUGUUUUUAUUAUCAUAACCAGCCAACCUUAAUUCCACCGCACACACCAACUCCCACCCAUUUUCUCUAUCUCUCCAACCUGGACGAUCAGAAAUUUCUUCGGUUCUCCAUUAAAUAUCUUUACCUUUUCAGAAAAUCUGUCAGCUCUGAUCUCUUGAAGCUUUCUCUUUCUCGGGUUCUCGUUGAUUACUACCCUUUAGCAGGCAGGCUCACUACUAACUCCUUGAAUGAUAAUCACAAGCUCCUGGUUGACUGUAAUGGCCAAGGUGCUGUUUUUGCAGAAGCUUUCAUGGAUACUACUGCUCAUGAGCUCCUCGAAUUUGCCAGACGACCAAGCAGGUCUUUGAGAAAGCUCUUGUACAGAGUUGAAGCUCACAGUUUCUUGGACAUUCCCCCACUUGUCGUUCAGGUAACGAAUCUCAGUUGCGGAGGAAUGAUCCUGUGCACCGCCAUCAACCACUGUCUAUGUGACGGCAUAGGCACAUCGCAGUUCCUACACGCUUGGGCCCACAUGACGACAAAACCCAAUCACGAUCUACCAAUCGCACCGUUCCACUGCCGCCACGUGUUAAGACCCCGAGAUCCUCCUAUGACAAACUAUGUACACCCAGGAUAUACCCGAAAUACCCUUAGAGACUCCAACAACAUAAUAAAGCAAUACUUGGAGUCGCAGCCAUUGGUACCUUCAUCCAUAACCUUCACCCCACCUCAUAUCCUUCACCUCAAGAGACAGUGCGUACCGUCGCUAAAAUGCACCACCUUCGAAACCCUAGCAACUCACGCGUGGCGGUCAUGGGUUCGAUCACUAGACCUAUCACCUUCCCUGACCGUGAAGCUCCUCUUCUCUGUGAACGUAAGGCAAAAGUUGAAACCAGAAAUGCCUGAGGGGUAUUACGGGAAUGGAUUUGUUUUAGGGUGUGCGGAGAGCAGCGUAAAAGAGUUACUGUCUAGUAAUUUGCAUUACGGAGUGAAGUUGGUUCAGCAGGCCAAAUCAAAAUUAACUGAUGAUUAUUUGCGUUCCAUGAUUGAUUUAUUGGAGGAUCAGACGGUGAUAACAGAUAUAGGGUCAAGCUUAGUGAUAUCUCAAUGGGCUAAGUUGGGAUUAGAAGAGUUGGAUUUUGGAGAAGGAAAGCCACUGCACAUGGGUUCUCUUACUACUGACAUUUACUGUUUGUUUCUACCGGUGGCUGGUAAUUUUGAUGCGGUAAGAGUUGUGGUGUCAGUACCAGAGAGUGUUGUUCAGAAGUUUGAGUAUUUCAUGAACGAGUCAGUGUUGGAGAGUGAAGAUGAUGAUGAUAAGAAUUUAGAUGCACAUGCUGUCGUCUAAAUUCUUCUUAUACUAUUAUUUAAAGUUCAACUCAUUUUACAUAUAUAUUAUUUAUAUAGAUAAACAACAUAUUAACUUCACUGUAAGUUGAUUAUCUAAAGUGAAAUUUUACAGAAGUUUUUUAAACAAUUUACGAAUGCAGGUGGUUCUAAAAGUUGCUUCGA